AUGGCAACCCAGCACGACCUACCCACAAGAAGCAUGACCCAAGGCACCGGAGGUAGCGACGACGAUGCCAUCCCGAGCGAGGAUACCAGCGAGGUUACCAGACUCUUCAAUGAGCGCCUGACGGCAUGGAAGCAUGCUGUGUCCUACCUCGAAGAUUACAUCCACGCCACGGAGAAGAUGCAGCAUGCUCACGGCAAGGAGUACGAGAAGGUCUUGAAGACCGUGUCACACCCGCUUAAGGAAGGCCAUCACUUCGACCAGAGCGUCGGCGGCAUCGCAGGGAUGUUUGACAACAUCCGCUCCAACACCCAAGGGAUCUCCAACUCGCACUACGAGACCGCCAAAGUGCUCAAGGGCUCCGUCCUCCCCAUCUUCGAGCGCCUGCACUCCGAGAUCAAGAACAAGACCAAAGAGCUCAUCAAAGGCGCGGGCAAGGGCAGCAAAGCUGUCGACAAGGCGCGCAACGCAACCCAGAAGCACAUCGAGCUUCUCGGCCAACACACCGCGACCUACGACUCCGCCGGCGGGCGUCUAACCGCGUCGGACGAUCCCUACAUCCUACGUCGCAAUGCGAUGCACCACCUGCACAAGCAAGUCCUCGAGGAGAACAACAACCGGCAAGACUUCCUCUCCGUGCAAAACUCCUUCGCCCAGUUCGAAGCCCACAUCGUCUCCACCAUCCAGACAGGCAUGGGCCACUUCAGCCAAGCCGUCUCCUCGCAGCAGGACCAGACCAGGACCAUGUACGGCGACAUGGCCUCCACAACCCAGCGCAUCUCCCCGGACUUCGAGUGGAACGGCUUCCUCAAGCGCAACGGCAAUGUUUUGAUCGACCCCUCCGCCCCCGCGCGCGACGUAUCCAACAUCAGCUUCCCCAACAUGGACCACCCAUCCACCCAGCCCCUGAUCGCAGGCUCGCUGGAGAAAAAGUCCAAACUCCGGGGCUACAACACCUUCUACUACGUCGUAACCCCCGCAAAAUUCCUGCACGAGUUCAAAACCGACGACGACGUGCGCGAGCCCUCGCCCGAAACGUCCCUCUUCCUCCCCGACUGCAGCAUCGGCGCCCUCGACGGCCAGAAGUUCAACGUCAAGGGCAAGGACGUCAGCGGCGGGAAACUGAGCGCAAAGUUCGGCUUGAGCCACGAGCUCGUCUUCAAGGCGCAUACCCUCCAGGAUGCUCAGAGGUGGUACGACGUCAUCCGCGCCUCGGCCGGCCAGACGACCAUGGAGGUGCCCGAUAGCAGCGCGCCCAGCAGUCCGGUUGCGGACAGGAAGAGCGGCGCGUUUGAGUCUGAGGCCGGCUCGUCUACCGCGGCGGGCAGCCAGGGCUAUGGAGCCGGUCAGGGAGACGGCGGGUUGGAUGAUAAGGCGGGGUCGAGGGGUCAGGGGGGUGAGAGUGGGGAGAGGUACGGAGGUUCAUAUGCGGCGCCUGGGUCGGGGGUGGAGAGGCAGCCGGGGCAGUAUUAG